AUGGACAAAACGCCGACUAGGAACCGACAGACAUUACUGAAGAAACUCUGCCUCAGAAGAGAUGGCUUUUGGUACCAGUUGCUCUGCGAGGGUUUUGCUUCCGUCACUGGUGCUAUCCAAGAAGGGUUCUCCACCCUUCUUGCACAUUCUACUUCCGGCGGGCCUGUCCCGACCUCUGCUGCCGCCCCCGUGACAUCCCCCGUCUUGCCCCAUCGGGGUCAUGCUUCUACCCGUGCUGAAGCACCCGCCACCCCCCGUAUUGGACCGGAAAUCGCCCACGUAAUUCCGUUCUCCAUGGGCGCCUGCGGUAAUAAGCAGAGGGAGAAGGAGGUAGCCCAAACCUGGGCGACACUUAAGCGCCUCUUUCUCGUUGCCAUUGGCCCAAGCGACAUUGAUGAUCCAACCAAACUGUUAAAUUUGUGGUAG